GCUGCCGCCAUUGAAAUAAAAUAAUAUAUAUAUGAUUAUUUAUUCAUUCGGGCAGUUAGACAGAGUAUACUAUUUAUAAGUAUAGUAUAAAAUAAAUAUUUUAUGAAGGGCUUGUAAUAUUGGGGGAAAAUAUUUUUAAUAUUAAAUUUUAACUUGAGAAUUUAAUAAGCCGCAAGCCGGUUCCACAAUUUUCCGGCACUUUAGACAGAAUUUCAAAGUGUAUUCAAGUGCACCGUGAAGUUAGUCCCUGAGUCUAUGGUAUUUUACUGGAGAAGUGGGAGUUAGUUUUAUCGUGUAUUAGUGCAAUGGACAUUUGUGUUGACGUGUAGGUGUACGUAGGACAGGGGCAAGAGAACAACUUCUCUGUGCAACCUGUUUACGCGAGACGCCGUGAACCAUGUCCAAGCCUAUUCUCCGGGCGCUUGUUUCACAGUAAAUUCCCUGACUGAGGAAUUAAAAAAUAUCCAUGUAUAUAUUGUAGUUAAAUAUAACUAUUUAUGGUUUUACCGGUGCAAUAUAAAUAAAGUGCAUUUGUAAAUAACGUGAGAUAGUUCGUACUAUUGUUAAUAUACGCCUCGGAUAUUAUUUAAUAUUUAUUAGUGUGUGUAUGUAUCAUAUAUGUACAUAUAUAUAUGUAUAUAUAUAUAUAUAGAUAUAUAAAGUGUAUAAAAUAUUGUGGAGGGAAAUUCAAGUCGUUGAUCUUGGACUACGACGACGCAACAGGCGUGGAAUGCGGCUUAAAUAUAUUACAGUUGACAGUGAUUUUUUAGUUCUACGCGUGCCCAGUGUCGAAAAAAUACAUUUGUUGUAAAAUAAGGCAGAUAUAUGUAAUUUCAUACAUAAAUUCUUUUUUAAUGUGCGGAUUUUUAGUGAAAAUAUUAAUAAGUUUUAAAAUGGAGUUAGAUUAAAACCGGUUAAAUUUCCGGCUCCAGAUUCAUUUUUUAUAACUUUUAGUAAAAAGCUACAAUUUUUUAUUUAUCAAUGUCGCAAGGUAAUAAAACGGGAGAUUGAUGGAGUAAUAAAAAAGUGUAAUAUAUAUCCAUUGCAAUAAAUCGGGUUUAAUUUUACUAUCAGUUUACUUGGUGAAACUCGUACAUUACAAUAGUGGUUUUGUUAUAAAAUGUGUAUCGAUAUUUAAAAAUAUAUAAAUAAAUAAAUUUAUAUAUCAAAAAUAUCAUAAAAAUUUGUUACAUUGUUAAGUACAUAAAGCUAAAGAGUUAGCCUUGGAUUAAUUCACGUUCGAAUUGCCAAACUCUGAUCGCGAAGAGUAAAGGAUAUGGCUACGACGAGAAGGAAGAAGAAGUCGCAAGACGGGUUUCUGAAGAAAGUCUCGAGCCUGUUUAAUCUCGAUACGGCUCAUACCCCGCUUCUCGCAGCGGACCCACGGCAUGCGAAUGGAGAUGAUGACUGGGAGUAUGAAGAAAUUAUACUGGAACGAGGUGGUGCGGGUUUGGGUUUCAGUAUCGCUGGUGGCACUGACAAUCCGCACUUUGGCAACGAUACAGCAAUAUAUAUCACAAAACUUAUACCAGGCGGUGCAGCAUCAGCAGACGGGCGUUUACGUGUCAAUGACACGAUACUCCAGGUGAAUGAAGUAUCAGUUGUCGAUGUCCCCCAUGCAUCAGCGGUCGACGCGCUAAAAAAAGCCGGAAAUACUGUCAAAUUGUAUGUGCGAAGACGACGACACACGCAUCUAACCGAAAUAGAAUUAAUAAAAGGUUCCAAGGGUCUUGGAUUCAGUAUUGCCGGAGGUAUCGGUAAUCAACACAUACCCGGUGAUAAUGGAAUUUACGUCACGAAAAUUAUGGAUGGUGGAGCGGCACAAGUUGACGGACGUCUCGUUGUUGGGGACAAAUUAGUCGCUGUCAGAAACAGCUUGGGUGAUAAAAACUUGGAAAAUGUAACACACGAGGAAGCAGUGGCGACUUUGAAAGCAACUCAAGACAGGGUAGUUUUGCUGGUCGCCAAACCGGAAGGCGUACUGCCACCACCGCCACCGGCUUCAGACCACUCGCUUUCACCACAACCACGUAAACAAAAUGGCUCGGUAACGGCAUUGGAAAAUAAUUCACUGGCAUAUUCACAAGAAUCGCGGCAUGCUUCUUCACUGGCACUUCAUGGAGCAGUAACACCACGAGCAGUAUCUCAGGAAGACAUCUCACGUGAGGUACGCACGGUGAUACUGAACAAAGGAUCAUCUGGGCUGGGAUUUAAUAUUGUUGGCGGUGAGGAUGGUGAAGGCAUCUUUAUCUCUUUUAUCCUAGCCGGAGGACCCGCUGAUGCUAGUGGUGAAUUACGACGUGGUGAUCAAAUUCUCAGUGUCAAUGGAAUUAAUCUCAGAACAGCUACUCAUGAGGAGGCUGCUGCCGCACUCAAGGGUACUGGACAAACUGUAACAAUUGUAGUACAGUAUAAGCCUGAAGAUUACAACAGAUUUGAAGCUAAAAUUCAUGAUCUUAAACAACAAAUUUCUCAACAAAAUUUAACCACGGGUACUCUAAUGAGGACCUCACAAAAAAAGUCCCUCUACGUUAGGGCUCUAUUUGAUUAUGAUCCGAACAAAGACGACGGUCUACCAAGCCGCGGCUUGGCUUUUCGUUACGGCGAAAUAUUGCACGUGACGAAUGCCAGUGAUGAUGAAUGGUGGCAAGCGAGGAGAGUCACCCCCCAUGGUGACGAAGAGGGUUUGGGUAUCAUCCCCUCGCGUAGACGAUGGGAGCGAAAACAACGGGCCAGAGAUCGUUCUGUCAAAUUCCAGGGCCACAUGCCUGUUAUAUUAGACAAGCAAUCAACGCUUGAUAGGAAAAAGAAAAACUUUUCAUUCAGUAGAAAGUUUCCAUUUAUGAAGAGUAAAGACGACAAGUCUGAGGAUGGUUCUGAUCAAGAACGGUCGCCCACAACACCUGAGAAUGAAAACGAUCCUACUCCAUUCAUGCUGUGCUAUACCCAGGACGACACUAAUACUGAAGAUUUGUCAUCCGUCGCAGGAAGUAAAGAAAUUUUAUAUCGCGUUGAACUACCCUAUAUGGAAGAACUGACUUUAGUUUAUCUGGAAAAGGAGGACGAUGAGAAUAAUGUUGAUCUUUGUAGCGAAGAAAAUGUAUUAUCAUAUGAGCCUGUUCAACAAAUGACCAUACAAUACACACGCCCUGUAAUAAUAUUGGGACCGUUAAAAGAUCGUAUCAACGAUGAUCUUAUUUCUGAAUUCCCCGAUAAAUUUGGAAGCUGUGUACCUCACACGACGAGGAGUAAACGAGACUACGAAGUUGAUGGCCGAGAUUAUCAUUUCGUUGCGUCGAGAGAACAAAUGGAGAAAGACAUACAAAACCACUUGUUUAUUGAAGCUGGACAGUACAAUGACAAUCUUUAUGGCACUUCUGUAGCUUCUGUACGAGAAGUAUCAGAAAAGGGUAAACAUUGUAUACUGGAUGUAAGUGGAAAUGCAAUUAAGAGGUUGCAAGUUGCUCAACUUUAUCCAAUUGCCAUUUUCAUUAAACCCAAAUCCGUAGAAUCUAUUGUGGAAAUGAACAAAAGAAUGACUGAAGAUCAAGCGAAGAAAACGUACGAACGUGCGUUAAAAAUGGAGCAGGAAUUUGGCGAAUACUUUACCGCGGUUGUGCAAGGAGAUACACCCGAGGACAUUUACGUAAAAGUAAAGGAAGUUAUUGCCGAGCAAUCAGGACCGACUAUUUGGGUACCAUCUCGGGAUCAGCAACUGUGACGUCCUGCCCCCAAUGCGUCUCAAGGUCCAAAUUCAUGGACCUUACCGCCAAGGCGUACCGAAUAAUAAUAAUAAUAAUAAUAAUAAUAAUAAUAAUAAUAAUAAUAAUAAGAAGAAGAAGAAGAAGAAGAACAUCAACAACAAGAACAACAACAAAAAUAAUAAUAAAAAUUAAAUUAAUGCAGCUUGACUAAUACGCCUAUAUAUUAUUCAAGUAGCAUAAAUUUAUCCGAGACGCGUCGAAAUGAACAAAAAAAAAAUAUUAAACGUCUCGCUAAUGACAUAAUAAAAAAUAUAAUAAUUGAUUUUAUAUUUUAUUUUAUUAUGAUUAUCAAAACGGUAUUAAUUGUUAUUAAAAAAUAACAACAACAAAAUAUAUAAUAUAAUAAAAAAAAAGUUUUUCAGUUCUUACGUAGUUUAGAACUGAUGAGAUCGGUAUUUUAUGAUCACGCAAGUUAUAGUUGAUAAUUACUAAUUUAAAAAAUAAUAAUUAAUAAAAAAAAUAUUAAUUAAAAAUAACGGAAUCAAAUUGAUAUUCGUUAGUAAUAGUUAAAAUUAUUUUACCAAGUUAAUUUUUAUUGAAACAAAAAAAAUCUAAAGUUAUUUAAAUAAUUAUUAAAAAUAAUUUUAAUACACUGACAAAUUAAAAUAAAUUUAAAACGCGCCACAUUUUUUUAAAAUAUUAAAUUAUUCAUCUGUACUUAAUUUGUAAAUUAAUUUUAAUCAACAUUAAUUUAUUGUUUAUGUUUAUGUAUUGAUCGACGUAUUUGUUUAUAAAUUGGCGCUAAAUCGUGUGCUUCGAGCGAGAUGUUUAGAGAUAAUUAAUUAAUUAUUAACGUGGAAUGGAAUAGAGAUGAAGAAAAAAAAAUGAUAAUUGUGACUGUGAGAUAAUAAAUCGUACCAUCUAACGGAUAAUAAUAAACUGAUUGACUAAAAAAAUAAAUAUAUAAAAAGUUAUAUAGUAUUGCAAAGUCAAGCGCGCAACUUUACGAUCUAUCCGACCUCACAAGACAAAUCGUUAGUUAUUUAGGAUAGACGAUAUAUAAUGUUUUGUACAGCUAGAUGAUAAAAAUAAACCAGUAAUGGGUUACGUGCAACAUUAUAUAGAAAAUAAUAAUAAUAUAAUAAUAAUUAAUUAAUUAACGACAUAAAUAAUUAAAUAUUGUAAUUUAAAAUGCUACUACUAAUUUGUUAUAUAAAAUAGUAGUACGGAAUAAUAAUUGUAAAUAUUUAUUAUUAUAUUAUUACAUAAAUAAAUAAAUGAAAAAUAUAUAUAUAAUAAUGCCUGAUAUAUUUCGGAGUGAAAAAAAACGGAUGAAGAAAGUAUAAGAGGUUUUGAAUGUUAAUUAUUGUAGGCAGUAUUUAUAAAUAAUUAAAUUUAAAUAAUAUUUCACAUCGCGAACUCUAUACGCAAGAGAUAUAAAUAUAUAAAAAUAUUAUUAAUUAAUUAUUAUUAUUAUUAUGUAUAUGUAUAACUUAUGAUCUAAUUAAGUCUUUAUUAUUAACAUUUUAAAUUCGAAUUGUUGAGUCGCGUACGUUUAACGUCUUCGCGACACUUGACGUCACAUCACGGAAUAUUUUAUUAUUAAUUCAAUAAUUAAAAUUUUUUUUUUUUUUCAUAAUAAUUAUUAUUAGCAUUAAUAUUCUCGUGAUUUGACUGUUAGUUGCCUUCGCAAAUGGAGUUCUGUAUUCAAUAAACGCGAGAUAAUUAUAUGAAAAUAUAACAAUAAUGAAUUUUUAAGAAACGCGUUUUGAUUUUAAUUUUUUUUUUAAAUGGACUGUACUUAUUUUAUGUUACGUGUUUUUAUUAUUUAAGAAAGUAAAUGAGAGAUGUUAGUUUAUGUGUAAUAGGCAUGAUAUUAUGACAAUUGUUUAUCAAUUUAAUUAUUAAUAUCAAUAUUAUUAUUGUAAUAUAAUUUUUAAAAAGAGAAAAAUAUGUAAAUGCAUGAUUUAGUUUGGCCUGAGGGUCUACACAGUAAAUUCACUGAUCAUUAUCAUUAAUAUUAUAAUUAUUAUUAUAUUAUUAUUAUUAAAUAAUUACUGAAACAUUGACACGUUAAUAUUUGUAAUAAAGAAUAAAAUAAAAAUCUCAAUAAUCUCUAAUUAAUUUAACUUUAAUGUAACUAUCACAAGUUAAAUUUUUGUAAAAUGUAAUGAUAACUAAAAAAAAUUAAUGAAAUUUUGAAAUCUUCGGCGUUAAUUACCGUGCAUUGUAACGAAUUGAUUUAUAAUUUUUUUUUUGUGAGAAUAACUGCCGUGGAUUUUUGUUGGGGAUUAGAUAAAUAUAUGUAAUAAGAAGUGCACCGCCGAAAUCCACAGGUUGUGCCUGACUAUUAUUAAUUAUUAAUUAAUUUAUUAAUUGAUUCAUCAUUAUGAUAAUUAUUAUAUUAGAUGUCGUAAUUUAAUUACAGUUGACUUAAGACAUCUGUCUCAAUGUAAAGGAACAUAUAUAUAAGAUAAAAAUAAUAAUAAUUACGGACACUUAUUAUUAUACAUCUCUAUAGUCUAUUUACUGAUAAUAAUAAUGACGACUUAUUGAAUUAUCAAUCUCAUGUUCACCUUGUUUCAUCGUUUUUAAAUAGUUAAUAAAAGUUUU